UACAGAGGUGGGUCUAGCUCUUUCAGAUCUGAUUUACACUUUUUGUUUCUAUCGUUUCGAAUGUUUAUUUAGCUGCUGGGAUUGGUGUGUUUUCUGGGUAUUGAUCAAAAUGGAGAUUGCUAGCGUUACUUCUCCACGAAUGAGAUUAGAUCACCUAGAAAAAGAAGGAUCGAAGGAAACCCAUGGGGAAAGUUUUGAGCUAGAAUCAUCUCGUAAUGUUAGUGAUCAUAACCACCAAUUCCAUUCCAUGAAUGCAUUAGAGAUCUUAAGAGAAACCGUUAGGAUUUUAAGGUACAAUUCGGCCGGUUUUAUGAUCAUUGCAGCUUUGUUAAUUUGCCCGGUAUCUGCAGUACUUAUGUCAAAUUUGCUAGUGGAUCAUUCCAUUGUGAAGAGAUUUACCGUUAGGCUUUUGUUAGUUGCCAAAACCAGUGGACUCCCAUUGAGAUCUUUCAUCAAACAGUCGUGCCAACGUUUUGCUGAGACGGCUGUUUCCUCAGCAAUGUGCUUCCCUUUGUUCAUCACAUUGUCUUUGUUAUCAAAAGCCGCGGUGGUUUAUUGUGUAGAUUGUACUUAUUCAAGGAAAUCAGCCGAUGUUUCGAAGUUUUUUGUGAUAAUUCGAAAGUUUUGGCGGCGGCUUAUUUCUACAUAUGUGUGGAUGUGUAUGGUAAUUGUUGGUUGUGUAACAACUUUCUUCGUUUUCCUUGUUGCGGCAUGUAGCGUACUUUCUGUCAUUGGCUUUACACCUGAUUUAAUUGUGUACGCAGUGAUUAUAAUGGGGCUAGUGUUCUCGGUUGUUUUUGCCAAUGCUAUUGUUGUCUGCAAUAUUGGGAUUGUAAUCUGUGUGUUGGAGGAGGUUUCGGGACCGCAGGCAUUGCUUCGUGCUGGUGUUCUAAUCAAGGGGCAGACUCAGGUUGGUCUUUUGAUAUUUCUUGGAUCCACAAUUGGGUUGGCAUUUGUGGAAGGGUUGUUUGAACAUAGGGUAAAGACGUUGAGUUAUGGAGAUGGGUCUUCUAGGAUCUGGGAAGGGCCUCUGUUGGUUAUAAUGUAUUCAUUUGUGGUACUUGUUGAUUCCAUGAUGAAUACGGUUUUCUAUUUCAGUUGCAGAUCUUAUAGUAUCGAAGCCUCAGAUGGUGAAUGUCAAUCCAUGUUGGAUACUAUAACUGUUUCCGCUGAAUCAUUGGGUGUUCAAUGACAUCAUCACAGGCGUUGUUAUG